AUGGUCAUUGAAGUCUCUAUCAAUAAAGCUGCGACCAUUGUCAUCGUGGAAAACGCCUCUGGUGUCAAAGCCUAUGCUGAUCAGCUCAAGCCAGGAAGCUCUGGUUGCCUGGAAGCAUCCAGCAAGAAGCAUGAGCGGAGCGGUUGUCUGGAGCAAUUAGGCCAUGAGCAAACUGCCUCGGUCGCCCAGGAUCGCCCAGGAGCAGAAACACAGCGCAUGAUCCAGUCCUUCACCACAUCGUCGUCGCAGAUCUCCUCACGGCGGCUUGUUCCCAAACGUCUCAACCUUUCAAUUAUCGUCAUCAUCGGCGGCCUACUGGAGGGCUCGUACAAGUGGAUCCUCGACCACUCCGACUUCCAACGAUGGCGCAAUGAUGACCAGAGCCGGCUGCUCUGGAUCAAGGGCGAUCCGGGCAAGGGAAAGACCAUGUUGCUGAUCGGCAUUGUCGACGAACUGGACCGCGAGCUUAAGCAGGCAGAACCGUCGGCUUCCCCCACUGUCCUCUCAUACUUCUUCUGCCAAGGCACCGAUACAUCUGCUUCCCGCGUCAAGUGGAUCAUCUCCACCCGCAACAGGCACGACAUUGAACAGCAGCUGAAGCUCAAUGACUCGCAAACGAAGCUGAGCCUCGAGCUAAAAUCCAACACAGAGUAUGUGUCCCAUGCCGUCGGCGUGUAUAUCAACGAUAGCGUCUCCCAGCUGGAAUCGCUACAAGACAAUGACACACGUCGAGAUCAAGUGCAACACAUCCUGCGCCAGAAGGCUGCAGACACGUUCCUUUGGGUGGCCCUCAUCGUUCAGGAGCUCAAAACGGUUGCAAGCUGGGAUGUGUUAGACGUGCUCAAGGAGAUAUCGACAGGCUUGGAAGAGCUGCAAAAUCCAGAGUUUUGUCAGCUCAUGCUUUCAACAGCCACCCUGGCAUAUCGUCCGCUUCAUGUACUUGAGCUGGGCGUGCUCUCUGGGCUACCGGAAAAGAUCUCUAAUAAGGCGCAAAGAGUUCGGGAGCUUUCAGCCAAGGACUACUUAAUGAGCGACAUGGCAACCACCACAAUCUUCCCCACUGGCACCUCCGAGGUCCAUCGCGAUAUGUCCCUACAAUCGCUGCAGGCCAUGCUAAAGACGCUGCGGCGAGACAUCUACAGCCUGCGCCAUCCCGGAUUCUCCAUCGACGAUCUCAAGAUGCCAGUUCCAGAUCCAUUGGCUUCCGUACAGUACUCUUGCAUCCACUGGGUUGACCACCUUUGCGAGGCACCGCAACGAAAUGACCUGGUUGAUAGCAGCCUAACCCACAAAUUUCUUGAAGGUCACCUCCUUUACUGGGCCAAGGCUUCAAGUCUGUUAGGGGCGCUGUCCAAUGCAGUACUCACCGUAGGAAACCUGGAAAGGCUCCUGAAGGUGAGCCUUGCACCUCAAUAA